AUGAACGCGGCCGGCUUCCCCUGCCUGCGAGGCAUGUGCACGCUGCCGGCGCCCAGCCCCGCUGCCGCGGCCAGCCCCGGCUCCCCCGGGCCACCCCGGGGGUCUCCGCCCGCCGGCCAGGCGCCGCCGGUGAAGCCGGAGCCGCGGGGCGGUGGGGGCAGCCCCCCUCCCCCGCCGCCGCCCCCCGAGGAGCCGCCGCCCCCCGCCGGGGGCCGCCGGAGGAAGCGGCCGGUGCAGCGGGGCAAACCCCCCUACUCCUACAUCGCCCUCAUCGCCAUGGCCAUCGCCAACGCGGCCGAGAGGAAGCUCACCUUGGGGGGCAUCUACAAGUUCAUCACCGAGCGCUUCCCCUUCUACCGGGAGAACCCCAAGAAGUGGCAGAACAGCAUCCGCCACAACCUCACCCUCAACGACUGCUUCGUCAAGAUCCCCCGGGAGCCCGGCCAUCCCGGCAAGGGCAACUACUGGACGCUGGACCCGGCCGCAGAGGACAUGUUUGACAACGGGAGCUUCCUGCGCCGGAGGAAGCGCUUCAAGCGCACCGACAUCACCACCUACCCCGGCUACAUGCAAAACUCCAGCGCCUUCACGCCCCCGCCCGCCGGCCGCCCCGCAGCACCAACAGCACCCUACCCCAAUGCCCUCUGCUCGCCUGGUUAUGGCCCCCAGCUUUCCAGCACCGUCUUCCACCCCUAUGCAGCUGGGGCAGCACCGCCAACACAGCAUCCCAGGAUGUUCAGCAUCGACAGCCUCAUCAGCGGGCAGCAGGCCCUGCAGCCCUCGCCGCCCGCUGAGCUGGGCCACCCAUCGCUGGGCUUGCCUGGGGCCGAGCUGGCUCCCUCCUGCUCCGCUGGUAGCUCCGAGCCUCCCUGCUUCCAGGCGCAGCCCGUAAGCCCUGGCUUGCUGGGCCGAGCUGGCCCCAACACCCUGGCUUACCCCUACGCCACCUCACCCCCGCACCUGCCCGUGGCACAGGGCAGCUACUCACCCGGCAGCCCACAGCUCUACGGGGCUCCCAACAGACUGGCCCUGCCGGCCAUGCGGCCCCCCGCCUGCACUGAGCACGGUGAGCAGCUCCUGGGGCUCUCCACAUCACCCCUCGGCCAGUUUGGCUCCAGCAAUGCCUACAUGAGGCAGCCCAAUUUCCCCGCCGGCCUGGAGCGGUACAUGUGA